CGAAUACGUUAUUCCAACAAGCGGUCCGACGUCCCACAGCCACCACUGCGGCAGCCGCCAUGAGCAGCAGAGUGAGAAACUUCCGUCGUCGAGCAGAGGAGGACGAUAAUGACGAUGAAGAAAAAGAAAAAAUGGCCACCCCUGCUACCACCAAAAAGUACCAAUCAAAACCCGCCACAACCACUCUAAAACCUAAAAAACCUAGCCUUCUUAGCUUCGCCGAUGACGAAUCCACCGAUACCACUACUCCUGUCCCUCGAAACCGCCCUUCCAAUCCUAACAAACAACCUAGCUCUUCCCGUCUAUCGAAACCAUCAUCUCUGUCGUCGUUGUCGUCUCACAAAUUAAUUUCUGCGAAGGACAGAAAUUCGGCGAAAGAGCGAACCUCAUCAGCGUCUUCUCUUCCGUCAAACGUACAGCCACAAGCUGGUGUUUACACUAAAGAAGCCCUUCUUGAAUUACAAAAGAACACCAAAACCCUAGGUAGCAGCACCUCUCGCCCUCGUCCACCGCCAUCCGAACCGAUUAUCGUGUUAAAAGGUAUGGUAAAGCCGGUCAUUGACGAUUCAUCAAGAAAUACAAAAGAAGAGGAUGAAGAAUCAGGUAGGGAUGAAACUAUGAACCGAUUGGGUUCGAUAGGAUUAGGUGUUAAAGUGGGGAAAGGGGGAAACUUAGAUGGGGGCGUAAUACCAGACCAAGCCAUGAUAGAUGCGAUUAGGGCGAAGAGGGAGAGAUUGCGACAAUCACGAGCUGCUGCCCCUGAUUACAUAUCAUUGGAUGGAGGGAGUAAUCAUGGUGAAGCUGAGGGUUUGAGUGAUGAGGAGCCUGAAUUUCAAGGAAGAAUUGCUUUGAUUGGAGAGAGAAGUCAGGGGAAAAAGGGUGUUUUUGAGGAUGUUCUUGUUGAUGUGAGCAAGACUACAGUCAGAAAGGAAAGCGAAGUUAUUGCCAGUGACGAUGGUGUUGAGGAUGAAGAAGACGAGGAGGAUAAGAUGUGGGAAGAGGAGCAGUUCAGAAAAGGUUUGGGUAAAAGGAUGGAUGAAGGGGUUGUAGUUAGAGGUGCGAGUAGUAGCAAUGUCCCAACCACGGUUCAAAAUGUUCAGCAAAAAGUUGUGUAUCCAACUGUUCCUGUUUCUACAUAUCCCUCAAUAAAUGGCGGUCCAACUAUUGGGGGAUCGCUUGGAUGGUCAUUAGGAUCAGAUACUAUGUCCAUAUCCCAACAGGAUGCGCUUUCUAAGAAAGCAUUGGAUGAGAGUGUUAGGAGACUUAAGGAAACUUAUGGUCGCACGUUAACUUCUUUGACAAAAACCGAUGAAAACUUGUCCGACUCAUUGAUGAAAGUUACGGCUCUUGAAAAUGCUCUUACUGCUGCCGGUGAGAAGUUCAUCUUUAUGCAAAAGCUUCGUGACUAUGUUUCUGUUAUAUGUGACUUUUUGCAGGAUAAAGCUCCAUUCAUAGAGGAAUUGGAGUACCAGAUGCAGAAGCUUCACAAAGUACGGGCAGAAGCAAACUUGGAAAGAAGAGCAGCUGAUGGUGAUGAUGAGCUGGUGGAAAUUGAAGCAUCCGUGAAUGCAGCAAUGGCAGUAUUUAACAAAGGCGGUAGCACUUCUUCAAUGGUUGAAGCAGCCAGUAGUGCUGCUCAGGCUGCAUUGACUGCCUUAAGAGAAUCAAGAAACCUUCCUGUGAAGUUGGACGAAUUGGGUAGGGAUGUUAAUCUACAGAAACGUCUGGACAUGAAACGAAGGGCGGAGUCACGACAACGACGAAAGGCUCAGUCUGAGUCCAAAAGAAUGUCGUCUAUGGAAACUGAUAGUUUGCAUCGUACAGUAGAAGGAGAAUCAAGCACAGAUGAGAGUGAUGGGGAGAGCACAGCAUAUGAAUCCAACCGUGAUCAGUUACUUCAAAUUGCUGGACAGAUCUUCAGUGAUGCAGCUGAAGAAUUCUCUCAACUUUCAGCAGUUAAAGAAAAAUUUGAAAUGUGGAAAAAAGAUUACUCGUCUAGCUACAAGGAUGCAUAUAUGUCAUUAAGUAUACCUGCAAUCUUCUCUCCUUAUGUAAGGUUGGAGCUUUUGAAGUGGGAUCCACUUCAUGAAGAUUCAGAUUUUAUUGAUAUGCAGUGGCAUGAAUUGCUCUUCAAUUACGGUCUGCCUGAGGAUGAAAGUCAAAUCAACUCGGAUGAUGCUGAUGUCAACCUUGUACCUGAUUUGGUUGAAAAGGUUGCGAUUCCUAUAUUACAACAUGAGAUCGCUCACUGUUGGGAUAUGCUUAGUACCAAGGAGACAAAGUGUGCUGUAGCUGCUACUAACUUGGUUUUUAGAUACGUUCCCCAUUCCAGCAAGUCUGUCAGUGAACUUGUCGCUGUUCUUCGUGACCGGCUUUCUGAUGUUGUCGCUAAUCUGAUGGUCCCCACGUGGAACACCCUUGUAUUGAAGGCUGUUCCAAAUGCAGCUAGAUUUGCAGCUUAUAGGUUUGGCAUGUCGGUACGUCUAAUGAGGAACAUAUGCCUGUGGAAUAAUGUUCUUUCAACAUCCAUUCUUGAGAAGCUUGCUCUUGAUGAACUCUUAAGUGGAAAAAUUCUCCCUCAUCUUCGAAGCAUUCAAUCUAACAUUCAUGAUGCGAUCACAAGGACUGAGAGAAUCGUUGCGUCAAUGUCUGGCAUGUGGACAGGUCCAGGCGUCACUGGUGAGCGAAGCCUAAGAUUGCAACCCAUGGUGGAUUAUUUGCUUGUUCUUGGAAGAAUAUUAGAGAAGAGGCAGAGUUCUUCAGGGACAAAUGGACUUGCUCGCCGGUUAAAGAAGAUGCUAGUUGAACUCAACGAAUAUGAUCAUGCCCGCCAGGUCUCUAGAACCUUCAAUCUAAAAGAAGCUCUCUGAUCUCUGAUGGUAUUUCUGGUUCAUAACUUUUUCGUAUCUUCUAGUAGCUCGGUUGUCGGAACUUGUAAAAGUAGUUUGUUUUCCCUCUCUAUUUUACAAUAUAGUGCAGAGAACCGCAAGUCAUUUUAGUAAAAUAGUAAUCAAACUGAUCCUUAAGGAUUUCUGUGACAUUGUUCUUGUACGCUCAUUUGACUAUUUGAGUACUUUUUUUGUAAGUAUAUAAAAUACGGGGAAUACUCACACCCACUGUGGUGAAACUUGAACC